AACCUCACUUCUUCUCUCUCUCUCUCUCCCUCUCUUUCAUUUCUUUUAUAAUCUUCCAUCUCCACCUCUUAAUUUCAGGGCUUAACUUCGAUUCAGCUCUCAUCUCUUUCCUUUCUUUCAACACAUGAUUUUGAGCCCUUCAACAUUUUUUUUUUCCAUUAAAACAACAAGCAAGAAGAUAAUAAGAUAAUUCCAUUGCUCCAUUGUUCUACGAUCUCAUUAACAGCAAUGGCUUCUCCACCAGACACCAGCAAAACCAUCAAACUAGAAAGAUACAACAGUUAUCUCCGCCGUAUUCACAGUACUAAAGUCCUUAACGCCUCCUCUAAGCUUCUCUUUCGUGCCACUUUACUUAUUGCUCUUGUUCUUAUUCUUUUCUUCACUAUCAACUACCCUCCACUUUCCGAUAACCCUCACCAUCAAAACCAUCACAUCCACCACCACAACUUCCUCUCCACUGCUUUUUUCGCUCGUUCCUCCUCCGUCGGUGGCUCUGCUUGGGAAAAACAAGUCCGCCACUCUGCCACACCUCGUCGGCCUAAUGGAUUCUCCGUUCUGGUCACCGGAGCAGCAGGAUUUGUCGGAUCGCACUGUUCGCUUGCGUUAAAAAAGCGAGGCGAUGGAGUUCUCGGCAUAGAUAAUUUCAACGACUAUUACGAUCCGUCGUUAAAGAGAGCGAGACAGAAGCUUUUAAGCAAGCAUCAGGUUUUUAUCAUUGAAGGAGAUAUAAAUGAUUCGCCAUUGUUAUCUAAGCUUUUCGACGUUGUGCCUUUUACUCAUGUACUCCAUUUAGCAGCACAAGCUGGAGUUCGCUACGCCAUGCAAAAUCCACAGUCUUACGUCAGCUCAAACAUUGCAGGUUUUGUUAAUUUACUAGAAAUAGCAAAGGCCGCAAAUCCUCAACCCGCCAUUGUUUGGGCUUCUUCAAGCUCUGUCUAUGGAUUAAAUACACAAGUUCCUUUCUCCGAAUCCGACCGAACAGAUCAACCAGCAAGUCUCUACGCGGCCACAAAAAAAGCCGGAGAAGAAAUUGCCCAUACAUAUAACCAUAUUUACGGUCUUUCACUUACCGGUUUACGCUUUUUUACUGUCUACGGUCCUUGGGGUAGACCGGACAUGGCGUAUUUCUUUUUUACUAAAGAUAUUUUACACGGAAAACCUAUAGAUGUAUACCAAACGCAGGAUGAGAAGCAGGUGGCGCGUGACUUCACGUACAUCGAUGAUAUAGUGAAAGGAUGUGUUGGCGCAUUGGAUACGGCGGAGAAAAGCACCGGCAGCGGUGGUAAAAAGAAAGGACCGGCUCAGUUAAGAGUAUAUAAUCUUGGAAAUACUUCGCCAGUUCCUGUUGGGAAAUUGGUGGCCAUAUUAGAAUCUUUGUUGAACACCAAGGCAAAGAAACAUAUAAUAAAGAUGCCAAGAAAUGGGGACGUGCCUUACACGCACGCUAAUGUGAGUUUGGCUUAUAAGGAUUUUGGGUAUAAGCCAACUACAGAUUUGAGCAGUGGAUUGAGGAAGUUUGUUAAAUGGUAUGUCAGUUAUUAUGGGAUUCAAACAAGGGUAAAAAAGGAAAAUGAGAUAAACAAUAGUGAGCAUCUCGAGGAUUGAGGGAGCUUUAUCAUCAAUCAUCAUCAUCAUCUCCAUUGCCACUACGACAUGGUUGGUUGGUUGGUUUUCUUUUUUCUUUUUUCUUUUUUCUUUUUUAAUUUAAAAAAAUAUUUUAGAUUAAUUUAUAAUUUCUUUUUUUUUUUUGUUGUUUUUGCUGUUCGUUGUUGAUUAUGUAGAAUUAUUAUAGAUAUUAGAUUUAAUACAGAAGAAGAGAAGAUAAAUUAAAUGUGAAUAAAAAAUUUAAAAGAAAAAAAAAAAGAGGAAUGAAGGAAGAAGGAAGGAGAAGUUGUAGAUCUGUGAAGUUCAUUGGGAUGUAAUAGUUUGGUGGGGUCUCCUAAAAAGGAUGCAGAUCUCAACCAUUAGAUUCAUAUUUAAAGAAAUUUGUGAUUGAUCAACAAUGAUUACAUCAAGAUUCUCUUUCUUUCUUGA